AUGGAGUUAUAUACUUUGGAUAAUGGAAUGAUGAUUAUCAACACGGACAUGGAUAAGAGAAAUGGAUUGAUAAUUCACCUUAUGAGGGACAAUACUUUGAAGGUAAAAUUUAGGGAAGAGGGACUUAUAAGUGGCCUGAUGGCAGCUAUUUUGAAGGAGAGUGGUUUGAUAAUAAAAUAUAUGGUGAAGGAGAAUACGUUUGGGGUGAUGGAAGAAGGUAUAAGGGUACAUGGAAGGAUAAUAAAAUGCAUGGUUAUGGAGUGUAUCAAUGGGGAGAUGGCCGAGUGUAUCAUGGCGAAUAUGUUAAUGAUAAAAAAUAAGGGAAAGGGAAGUGCUUGUGGCCAGAUGGGAAGGUUCUUGAAGGAGAGUGACAUGAAGGUAAAUAGAACGGAAAAGGUAAAUUUUUAAUGGCAGACGGAAGAGUGAAAUAUGGGAUGUGGAAUAAUGGAAAAAAGAAUCAAUCUCGAAGGAUAAUAGGAAUGAAUAGAUGUCUUAGAGUAACAAGAAUAAUAAGAGCAUUAUUAUUCAAUCUUUUUAUAAAUGUUAUAUUUAAUUAGCAAUAA